UCUAGCUAACGCUGUUUGACAACCCGCUGACGCCUCUCGUCUUUCUCUGUGGAGUCUGCAGAGAGUUGUUAGCUAGCGUUCGGUGUCGCUUGGGCCGACAGGAUGGGGGUAUCAGAUUUACAAUUUGAUAUAAAUGCUGGACCUGUGUUGGAUCUGUCAGCCCGGGGUAUGCAGAAGCUGGAUCCCAAUUUCAUCUGCUCUGAGGACACUCACACUCUCAUCUUGGACCGAAACAAUAUCAUGAAGCUGGACCAUCUGGAGAGAAGCCCUGGCCUUCAGCAGCUGUCUGUAGCCGGUAACCGUCUAGUGAGGAUGAUGGGGGUGUCUCGGCUGACGGAGCUCAGAGUCCUGAAUCUCCCCAAUAACAGUAUCGGCUACAUCGAGGGGCUGAGAGAUCUGCCUCAUCUGAAAUGGCUCAACCUGUCUGGGAACAAUAUUAAGGUCAUUGAGCAGCUGAACAACUCUGUCUCCCUUCAACACCUGGAUCUGUCUGAUAAUAACAUCAAUACCGUCGGUGAUCUGACUAAACUGGUGGCAUUAAAGACACUUUUACUUCAUGGAAACAGCAUCACAACGCUUCGUACCGUUCCUGCUCACCUGCCUGCCCAUUUAUCCAUUCUGUCCUUGGCAGAAAAUGAGAUAAGGGAUCUUAAUGAAGUGUCGUACCUGGCGCCUCUUCAUGAGCUGGAGCAGCUGUCCAUUAUGAGCAACCCUUGUGUGAUGGCGACGCCCUCAUUGCCAGGGUUUGAUUAUCGGCCUUACAUCAUGAGUUGGUGCCUGAGCCUGAAGGUCCUGGAUGGCUAUGUGGUGUCGCAGAAAGAAGGUCUAAAAGCAGAGUGGCUGUACAGUCAGGGUAAAGGCCGUUCCUAUCGACCCGGACAGCAUGUCCAGCUGGUUCAGUACUUGGCCACUGUUUGUCCUUUGACCGCCUCGCCAGCCCUGGAGACAGCCGAAGAUGCCAAACUGGAGAAGAUCCUGAGUAAGCAGAGGUUCCAUCAGAGGCAGCUGUUAGAGGAGACCCGUGGAGGUUGUCCCAGUCCUCCCCGUCCAACUCAGCUGGAUGUGGAGAAGCUCAGUCCUUCACAUGCAGCCCCACAGGGGGGCGCUAGAGAGGUGGAGACCGUCACUGGACCAGCUGCUGCUCCAUCAGGCCCAGAGACGGAGCCAGUGAUGCAGUUUAACACCUGGGUGAGCUGUGAUUCUUCUCAUCCAUCUCUGCCGGUACUUCGCAGCCCAAGGCUUGGAGAGGACCACAUUUAUUUAGAGGAUGUGCAAACAGAUGAGGACAAACUCAACACCAGCUUGCUGUCCUCAGAGUCCACCUUUCUGCCCCUCACAUCUGAUCUGGAGCCGCACACAGCCCACUCUGACAGCGAGGACGAAACCGAGACGUUUGAACCCGAUUCUCUGGCUCCACAGCGACCAGCACAGCCCAGAAAGCUCAACACCAACAAGACGCAUCAUUCACCUCCAGCAGAUAAGCACCAGAGGAAGGCUCUUGAAGAGGAAGUUAUUUCUGUUGCCGCCAAAACGUCUGAAUCACUGGGGGUUAGAGUUAGCACCCCACAGAAUGAUGAGGAAGCUUCCUCUGACUUUGGUCCAGCAGAGAUGAAAGAAGCCCCCCAACAGGAAGAAGCUCAUGAAGAAGCUCAUGAACCCGCUGUGAUGGAGGCAGACGGAGCAGCGGUUAAAAUCCAGUCCUGGUGGAGAGGACACUACACUCGCUGCUGCCACCCCAUGGCCAGAGAGGUCCGCAGCGAAAUCCGCCUCCGCAGGAUGCAGGACCACAUCGUCUUCCUGUCUGAUAAGUUGGACAGCGUGCAGAAGCAGUUUGAGGAGGAGAGGCUGCAGAGGCUGGUACAGGAGGAGGCUGUGAAGUUUCUGUGGAAAGAGCUUCAGUCGAUGCAGCAGUGGAAGCAGUCUGUGGAGCAGCAGCUGGCAGCCAUCACCCCGGCUCAGAGCUCAUCUCCUGGUCUUUGUCCGGCAGUCCCACCUGCUGCCUCCAGCACCUCCAACCCACCCAGCACAGACGUCUCCGUCCCAGACUCUGGCUUCCAGUCGACCAGCGACCAGCAGGCAGUGCAGGAGGACAGCUUCCUGAGCAGCGGGACGGCAGACUCUCUGAAGACGGUGCGAGCGCUGAGCCCAGUUCAGAGCUCUUUGGUUGCUGGUGGUGAUGGGGUGGACAGUGCAGACUGCAGCCUGCUGGAACAGUACCUGUCCUCUGUGCAGCAGAGAGAGGAGGAGGCUGAAGAAUCAGCCAGUGACAGAACAGAAACACCACAACUCUCCUCACCAGCUUCACCCAGCAGGAAAGCACCGAGCGACUGCCCCAAGCAGAACACAGCAGAGACCACUCCUGGCUCAGUGUGAGAGUCCUCACCUGGUGCACACCUGUACAGAACUACUGAGUGUAUGUAAACGAGCACACAGCGUAGGAGUGAGACGUCACUCCCUCUUGAGACUUUGACAAUUGCACUCAUCUUGACUACUGACCCAGAUCUCAUAAAGUCUCAGUUUGUCAGGACUGAACCCAGAGCAGGCUUGAAGCUCCACCUUACUGUGAAUGUAACUCCACUUCUUGGACCUGUUCUGUUAUUAGCACACAUUUCUCUGUGUAAAGACGAUGAUUGUGACGUAGCUUCAGAAGGUAAUGUGAAGGCUGUUGUUUUAUGUUCCAGGUUCCUACCUCUGCUGAUGAAAACAAGCGUGUUCUAACCUGUUCUAUUUAUCUACAUAUAUGUGUGAUAAACUACAGUUAUUCAGAUGAAGAGAUGAUGUGUUAAAUGCAACAGAUAUGCUAAUGCUAAACUGACAUACAGAGGCAAUGGAUGAGCCGUUUUAUACCAACUUUAGCUUCAGGUCAUUACCUGAUUAACAAAAGAAUGUUGUAGCAUCCUGAUGAAAAAUGUAAAUAAAUCUGCAAUUAUACUUUUCUAAA